AUGGACGUUCCGUCAUGGCAUCCUGCUAAUCAAGAUUCAGAUGCACUACGGCGACUAGUCAUGAGUGGUGGUGGACCAACUUCUCGUACAGAAUUUAAAGAAGUGAGUACGUCAACGAAAGAAGAACGACAAAUGGUUGCUAAGGAGGAAAACGCAGGACUCGGAGGUGGUCGGGGAUUGCUGGAUCCGUCGGAUCGCUUGUAUUUGGUAGAACAGACGCUAUUGGAGCAAGAGGCCAAGCGGAAAGAGCACAUGGCACGUCUCUCUGCGCUGCAGACGUUUCGCUCGAAUGCUUCGAAAGUACAGACGCAGAAGCCGACGAUGCUGGAGAUUCCUGUAAUUGCAGGGAAAAAGCCCGUGUUGUCUUCUGAAAAAAAGGUGGUUGUGGUAGUCAAGGCCAAGAAGAGGAAGGACAUGACGGAGAAGAAGCACACGACGAAGGUGAAGAAGCUGAAAAAGAUGUCAAGCGUGACUCAAAGUGAUGCUGAAAGCGACACUUGCAAACCAAUCGACAAGCAGAAACAAGAAGGCAUCGACUCAAGGCCUUUGUCCAAGUCACCUACAACAGCACUGCUGAUUGAAGGCUAUUCUAGUGAUGACGGCCAAUAA